AUGGCGCGACUGUUUUGUUUCACCCAUGCAGUCAUUGAUGACAACAAGGAUGAAAUAUUUUCAAAAGCUGUUUUUUUAUUUUCCAACUUGAAGUUUGAAAUUGAAAUUAAAUUUUGGGCUCAAUUCACUCUUGGCUGUCGUGAUUUAUAUAACAACUUUCAAUGUCUCGAGAUGUUAAAACGUGUAUCAAAACCAACAAACCAAAGAAAAUCUGAAUAUUGUUUAACAUUACCACAGGAAAAAAGAAACCAAAAAGAGAAAAAAAUUAUGCAAUCAGUUGAAGUGAGAAAAUCACAAUUGGAUUCGAAAGCCUAUUUAUAG